AUGUCCGUUCCAAGCUCACGAACAGAACUAACCACUGCUGAGACGAAACGAAAAAGAAGAAGUGGCACGAAUCCACGAAAGUCACACUCUCCCAGUGUGGGGAUAGAAACAACAGGUGUCAACAAGUCACAGCAUGACAAGGAGUCCACUUUAAAUGUUAUGGUAAAUCAGUGUCAUAAUUGUCAUACAUGCGCUUCACCAGCAUGGAGAUUAGGUGAAGAAUUUGAAUUAUUAUGCAACAAGUGUGGUCUCUAUCAAAAGCGUUAUGGUCAUCAGCGACCUCUUCUUCUUCCAAAACGAAGUGUUAAAAACAAGAAACGAAAUUCUUCUUCGACGAGUGACCAACCACAAGAAAUAUACAGCGUUGAAAGGAAAAAGAAGAAACUACAUGCAGAGAAUGACACUCUCUCUACUCUGUAUACAGUUUCAUCGAAAGAGUCUUCAUCGAGUCUCGAUUUGAGAAAUCAAUCUAAGGAUAGUUUACAAAAUUUCACAACCUCUGAAAUUGGUGUACAGCAAGAUAUUUCACAAGCUGCUAUGAGCAGACCAGAGUGUAAUAAUAGAGAAUCUCCUACGCUUUUUGAAAUACUCCAAACAGAUUCAUUCCAACACGCUGUAAAUGAAGAUAUUUUUCAAUUAGAUUACGACCAGUCAUGCUCGAGUAUGGAAUUGUUGAGAAAUCAACUCCACAAAGCAUCGAGUGAAUAUCCAGAACUGAUCGAAACCAUGAUAUCCAUCAUUCGAAAACACGUGUUGAGCCAGAAACAUGUGAUUGAAUUGUUAUUAUCGAAACAAGAUGAGAAACAUCUGUCAAAGGCCUUGAAUUCAACUUUUUCAAUCUUGUAA